AUGCACUCGCGUCGACCCGAAACCUUGAAGAUUGACAUCUCCAAGUAUAGUGGAGUCGAAGAGGACUCCCCCUUGAGAUGGUUCGUCGAAUUGGAUGACGCCACAAGGGCGCGUCGCAUCGACGAUGGGGAAAUGCAAGUUGCAUUUGCCCAGUCAAAUCUGGCAGGACGUGCCAAGACUUGGGCACUGGGGCUCAAGUUGCACGGCACAUAUGCGUUUGGAUCGUUGAAAGUCUUCAAGUCGCGGCUCAGACAAACGUUUGAACCGCCUAGAGCUGAGUUCAGGGCUCGAACCGAACUCUUGAAGCUCAAGCAGGGUAAGCGUGAUGUGCACGCUUACGCUCAACAUAUACGACAUCUCACGAGUUGUAUAAGUUCCAAUCCGGUGGAUGAACACACGUUGGUUUCGGUGUUCAUGCAGGGUCUUGCGGAUGGUCCAGUCAAGACUCACCUGUUCCGACUUGAACUAGAUUCACUAGAACAAGCCAUUUCCAUUUCGGAACAGGAAGACUUCAGUCUGAGACAGGCUCGCGCCAGCUCGACAUCAUAUCGUCAACCGAGACGAUAUGACAGCGGAAUCCAGAGCCGAUGGAACUCUGUUAUGUAG